AUGGCCCUAUAUUCAGCACCAAAUACCCGCAAAGCCCGGCAAGCGACGGCGCUCAAGCAGAUCACCUCUCUCCAAAAUCGCCGCAUCCAGCCCGGCGCACUCGCACGAGGCUCUUUCCCCAGCGGCCAAAUGGCACGACGAAGUCCGGGCUCGCCUGCUUCUCAAGUCAACAAAGAUGGCUUUAUCCCCGAGAACAAUGCCCCCGCCGAUGCGCAGCCAGACGCCAACCCCCGCUUCGCCCGCAACACAGCACGCCCAACGACGACCCGCGGCUCCACCCCUCCCCAGGGCCAGAUGGUCCGCGCCCCCUCGACCUUGCGUAUAACCCGCGAAAAGGUCGAUGGCCCUGCUCGCGGGCCUGGUCCACGAGGACCCAACCUCCGUGGGCCCAACCUACGUGGCAGAGAAGGCGGCAGACCAGGACCAGGUGGAAAAGGCCGCGCUGGUGCGGCAGGUAACAAGGGCGGCGGAGGCGGCCCCAAGAAGCGCGAGAGGAAAGCUGGCGGCGACGAAAGGAUGGGAACUAAACUCGCCGACAUAAACCUUGGCGAUACUGUAUCGGACAGCAUGAAGCAGCAGCUCCUGCGCCUGCAAAGGAAGGAGUGGGAUCGCGUGCCUUACGAGCCCAAGUACGCCAAGGGCAGUUUUGCGGCCAACGAGUUGAUACACGCUGGGCGGGAGCUGUUCAAGGGGGAGGCGCCGCCAGUCAAGAUCUGGGGACCUCUUGAGAGGAGAAUCGGCGUUGUGGGCAUGUUUGGAGCCGAGGCUACGCUGAAGGUUCGCAGGGUGCUUGAUGGAGACGCGGAGCCGUUUGGGCAGGAGACGUUUGAAGAGGAAGGACCAAUCGAGGUCAGUGGCGCAGAGAAGAAGCAGGCUGCUGUACAAUAA